CUUCCAGAAUUAGCCGCUUCAUGGCUGUGUCGCUGCAGUCGGUAAAUGAACGUUUGAUGUGGUGUUUGUCAAGAUAGUGUUUUAGUGUGUUUACAGUGAAUUAUUCCGCAAUAGUAUAAUCCUAAUUGAGGUUAAAGCUUUUAAGGAGUAGAUGAAGGUGACGGUAUGUCUCGCAACAAAGACAAGCAUGAGGGCGCAAGCGGGCGCACUUAUCAUAUCAUGUCGGAGGCGGAACGAGCGUCAGGCCGGCGCGGCGGUUGGACCUCACUUGAGGUAACAGGAGGUGUCCGCGCCCUGGCGCCCCAGCUGUUCCAACUGUCGCACCUGACCGCGCUGUACCUGAACGACAACUCGCUGCAGCGGAUCCCGCCCGACAUCAACAUGCUCGCCAACCUGCACACGCUGGACGUGUCCAACAACAAGCUGCGGACGCUGCCCGCGGAGCUCGGCGAUCUCAUACAGCUAAGAGAGUUACUCCUACACAACAACUACCUCAGAGUGUUGCCGUACGAACUUGGCAAGCUCUUCCACCUCCAGAAAUUGGGAUUGCAUGGAAACCCGCUGAGCAAGGAGAUGCUAUCGAUAUACAACGAGAGCAACGGCACCUCCAAGCUGCUGACGUAUAUGCUGGAUAAUUUACAAGCCUACACGAAUGAAUCAGUCACUGCCACCUUGCCGCCACAGAGGCCUUGGAUACCCUUAACGCGACCUAACAGAACUCGUCCUACCUGUAUCUUUACGGUUAUGUGCUACAACGUCCUCUGCGACAAAUACGCCACGAGACAAAUGUAUGGCUACUGCCCCAGUUGGGCGUUAGAAUGGGAUUACCGGAAGAAAGGAAUUCUGGAUGAAAUUAGACAUUAUUCCGCAGACCUAAUUAGUUUACAGGAAGUAGAAACCGACCAAUUUUACAACUUCUUCCUACCAGAGCUUAAAAGCGACGGCUACGACGGCAUUUUCUCACCAAAAUCGCGAGCGAAGACCAUGGGCGAGUCGGAAAGAAAAUACGUCGAUGGUUGUGCCAUCUUCUUCAGAUCUGCAAAAUUCGCGUUAGUAAAAGAGCACCUAAUCGAAUUCAACCAGCUCGCGAUGGCUAACAGCGAGGGCUCGGACAACAUGUUGAACCGCGUCAUGCCCAAGGACAACAUCGGUUUGGCGGCGCUGCUGAAGACCAAAGAAGCGGCCUGGGAGAAUGGCAUACCAACGGACUCGUCGAUGCUCGGGCAGCCAAUUCUAGUAUGCACGGCACACAUCCACUGGGACCCCGAGUUCUGCGACGUGAAGCUGAUCCAGACGAUGAUGCUCAGCAACGAGCUGCGCAGCAUCCUGGACGACUCGGCGCGCACGCUGCGGCUGGCGGGCCAGCGCGAAAACGUGCAGCUGCUACUCUGCGGAGACUUCAACUCGUUGCCUGACAGCGGUGUUGUGGAGUUUCUAUCGGCGGGGCGCGUAUCGUCGGAGCAUCGCGACUUCAAGGCGCUCGGGUACGCCACCUCGCUGCGCCGCAUGCCGGGCUCCGAGCACGAGUUCACGCACAACUUCAAACUGGCCUCCGCAUAUAGCGAGGACAUCAUGCCCUACACCAACUACACAUUUGACUUCAAGGGUAUAAUCGACUACAUAUUCUACUCAAAGCAGUCGAUGACGCCGCUGGGGCUGCUGGGGCCGCUGUCGCAGGACUGGUUCCGCGAACACAAGGUGGUCGGUUGCCCGCAUCCGCACAUACCCUCAGAUCACUUCCCCCUGCUGGUGGAGCUGGAGAUGUGUCCGGCGAGCGCCAACUCCAACGGGCUGAUCGGGCGCAGGUAGCACGCGUCGCCGCCGCGCCGGCGCCGCUAGCGCCCCCCCC